AUGAAUAUCGAAGGUCAUGUCAGAAACUUUGAAGCAUAUGAACUACCAGCAAUGUUAGAUAAGAAAGCAGACAAAACAGAGCUUCAAACAUUAAAGACUGAAAUACUUCAAACAUUAUAUCCCGUUGGUUCUAUUUAUACAUCAAUGAACUCAACAAAUCCAGCAAAUGUUUUAGGUUUUGGUACAUGGAAGCAGAUUGUAGAUAAAUUCUUAUACUGUGCUAGAUAUUCAAAGCAAACAGGAGGUUCAAAGAAAAUUAAAGAAGCAAACCUUCCACCGCACACUCAUACCGGAACUACAAACACAACAGGUAAUCAUUCACAUUCAAUAACAAAAAGAGGUUAUACAAAUCUUGCAGCAGGUUCGGAUAGACAGGGAAUGAAUAGAUAUGAUAUUUCAAGUGACCCAGUAGAUUCAAGCGCAGGUAUUUUCUGUGAAACCACAGGAAAUCAUUCACACACUUUCACAACAAAUCCAACAGGCUCGGGUGCAGAUUAUAUGCCACCAUUUGUGACUAUAUUCGCAUGGUACCGCGUUCAAUGA